AGCAAGAAACAGGGCCACCUUCCAUAACUGGCAGUUCGUCAAUAAAAAUUCUCUCUUUCUACCGAAAUCUGAAUCCCUCUUUCCUCUGCUUUAGCUUUCAAUUUCUAAUCUCAAUCACAAGUCUUCGUCAAUGAAUUCAGAUUCUCUAAUAUAUACAUAUAGCUACUACUUUCUAUAUUCAUAUUAUCGGCACAAGUAUUUUCACUCUCACAUUACCUAAAUGCCCUCACAGAAUUCUCUUAAAUGAUGGUGAAACCGUUACAUUAACGCGAUUCAAAUCCUCUUUAUCAUCAGUCAUUUCUGCUGCUCUCUCGUGAUUCGCCUAACUCUCUAUGUUCCAUUUCAGUAUAUUUGGGUUUGAGUUUGAGUCAUUCUUCAGUUUUUCUUUUAUUUAUUUUUUGUUGGUUUUACUUUUGGAAGGAAGAUUGGAACUUUACUCUUUCUUCUUGUGAAUCCAAGAAUUCUUUUAUUUUCUUUGAUUUUGGAGUAAAGCCCAGAAACACGUUUUGGGUUUGAUUCCACGCUCUUUCUUUUAUGUGUUAUUCUUGAGGUACGUUUUCGUUUCAAUCAUCCAAACCCAAGUUUUUUCUCUUCACUUUAACAACACCCCUAAAAUUUUCUUGGGUUUUUGUUCAAGUUUCAAUCUUGACUUUUCUUGGAACGGUAGUGCUUCGUGAGAUUUGUUUAGAAUGAAGAGGGUCAAUGAGGCUGUUGAAGAGGGGAGUAAAAACUUGGGGUUAAAGAAAGUUAGGUUCUUCAAUGGGACUGAUGAGAGUUGUGGCGCUUUACAGAGGAAUGAAGGUGAUCAAGAGAGACCUUUUGUUGGGAAUGGAGGGAUAGGUUCUGCACCAGCACAUAUAGAUGGAGACCCUUUCGGAAAUACAGUCCCUGAUAAUCUUGAUGGUCAGAAUCUUGGUGGUUUGAAGGAUUCCAACAUAUGGGACUUUGAUAUAAAUUUUGAUUUAAUUUUUGGCAAUGAAGAGGAGCAGAAAGGUUUAGCGUUUGAUCUUAACAUUCCAGUGAAUACAACACAGGGCGGUGGGAUAGAGAAGGGCUGUUUAGAAUAUUAUAAAGGGUCCAUGAGCAAUCAGAACAGAGAAGAGAUUAUCGUCAUUGCAUCAGACGAUAGUGAUAAAGAGGUGGAAGUUAUAGGUUAUACAUUUGGUUAUAAUGCAAAGGGUAAACAAGUAGAACUAGAGACGCCUUACGAUAGGGUGGAAAAUUUGAGCCUUGAAUUGGGAAUGGUUACAAGGGAUAAUGUUGCUGCCGAAAGUAGUUCAGUGACUGGUGGUACGAGGAGGUAUACCAGGGAAGAAAAGGGGAAGGCUAAUGUUGUUGAUGAAUCAUGGUUAUCUCUAAAGGCAAUUGAAUCUUAUUUGCUGAAUGAUAAUGAAUCAAUCAGGAAUACUGAGCCUACAGAAGAUAUUGAAGCUGGAACAUGGCAGCCAGCAGCAUCAGAUGCAAGGAGUGAAUCGGGUGAAAGAGCACUAAGACAGGCUGAUCGAGCUUUAAGAAUUAGAGAAGAGUUAAUGCAGGAAAGUUGGAGAGAAUCUGCCAAACGAUUUGCGCGUAUGAACCAUCCAAAUCAGAACAAUGGGAAAGAAUCUUCUAGUCAGAAACAAGGAUCACCUACUUCAAGAGCUCUAGAACAACUAGGAAAGUCUCCUGGCCCUUUCUCUGAAGCUCUUAAGAUGAUAAGAGAAAGAACUUCAAAGCGAGCAGCUCAGCAGUUGGUUGAGUGGAAACCCUCAGAAGAAAAGCAGAACCAAAACAUUACAGCACCAUUUGUUCCUUCUCUGCUGGAUUUGUCACUGAAAGCUCUUGCUGAAAAUGCUGAGGGAAUAGUCUCACUUGAACUGGUUCCAGAUAACCUCCGUAGAAAACUAACUGACAUGCUGUGUGAUAUGCGAAAAAUGAAUCUCAAUGUUCUUAACCUUCUGUUACAAGGAUUUCCAACUGAGAUUCGCAUAAAAAAUUGCUCAUGGCUGACUGAUAAACAAUUUCAGCAGACAUUUCGGAAUUGUCAGACAAAAGAUUUGAGGGUGCUUCAACUUGACCUGUGUGGGCAGUGCAUGCUUGAUUUUGCAUUCAAGGAGACAUUAACUCAAUCCUCAAAUAGUUUGUCCAGUCUAGCCAUUGUUUCCCUUAGAGGUGCCUGCCGUUUAUCAGACAGUGGGCUUAAAAACCUUGUUAUGUCAGCACGGGCACUGCAGUCUAUUAAUUUGGGCCACUGCACCCUUCUGACUUGCGAUGCCAUCAACAUCAUAGCUGACUCUUUGGGAUCAAAUUUGAGGGAGCUUUAUAUAGAUGAUUGCCAAAAGAUAAAUGUGAUGUUGAUUCUUCCAGCAUUUAAAAAGUUUAAACAUUUGGAAGUGUUAUCAGUUGCCGGCAUACAAACCAUAACCGAUCAAUUUAUCAGUGAAAUUAUUACAGUAUGUGGUCAAAGUAUUAAGGAGCUUGAUUUGGCUGACUGCCUAGCACUGACUGAUUGCUCUCUCAAAACCAUUGGUAGCAACUGUGCUGAUUUAUGUGCACUGAACAUUGCAAACCUGCACAACUUGACAGAUCUGGGAUUGGAGUAUCUUGCCAAUGGUUGUAAAUCAAUUCGAAAGCUCAAACUUUGUCGCAAUGGGUUCAGUGAUGAAGCUAUGGCAGCAUUUCUGGAAAGCUCUGGGGAGUCCUUGAUGGAACUUUUACUGAAUAAUAUGACAAAGGUUGGGUCCAGUACUGCCUUAUCACUCGCCAAACGUUCUAGGAAGUUGUUAAGUUUGGAUAUAUCGUGGUGUCGCAGAAUUACUAACGAGGCUCUAGGGUUGAUUGUUGAUAGUUGCUCAUCACUAAAGCUGCUCAAAGUCUUUGGCUGUAGACAGAUCACAAAUGUAUUUCUGAAUGGGCACUCCAAUCCAUUCGUGAAGAUAAUUGGGUUAAACCUGACUCCAAUUCUGGAUCAUGUAAACUUGCUUGAACCCGAAGAAGUGUUAUUGCGCUAUUCACCUCUGACAAUGAGCCAGGAAGUCUGGAACAAAGAGAUCUGCUAGAUGUUAAAAUGUAAAUUUUGGAUCAUAAACAUCAGAACGUGGCCCAAUUUUCAUCAUAUAUUAGAUCAUAUAUGGCAUAUACUUGUAAGUGUCUGCAUAGCAUAAUGCAUCAGAAAAUACUUUUUGCCUGGAUUGCGGUCUCGAUAAUAUUCCUUACGUACUCAAACCCUGGGACCUAUCUCAUCGCUAGCAUUGCCAAUUUGAUCAUAUUCGA